AUGGGCAAUAUGGGAGAUGGUGGAUGGGAAAUCUGUGAUGACCCGGAUGUUAGACCCAUACCUCCUUGCACCAUUUACUCGUUUGGAAUCAAUUACGACUUUUCCUUUGAUGACGAGGCGUCUACUGUGUAUGGAUGUCACGUCUUUUCCUUUGAUCCUAGCAUGAACAAGUUGCCGGAUAAGAUGGACAGAUCACCACUGGUGCACUUCUAUAAGGUAGGACUUUCUAACACAGCCACCAUAACAAACAACAAGUGGGCAUUAAAAACUUUCACUGACAUCAGAUCCAUGUUAGGGCACAACACUAAAGAUAUAGACAUCGUUAAAAUGGACAUCGAGAAUUCUGAGUGGCUAGCGCUGCCAGAGAUGAUCAAAUCCGACCAGUUGACCACAGUCCGGCAGCUCAUG